AGUUCUGUGUGGUCGCAGCACAUAAGCAAAUCCAUUCUUGUGCCGUUUCUCGGAAAAGCUUUUCAGUAAAUGCACUCAUGCUGCUCCAGGAGCUCUUCUCUGCAACAAGCCGCCCAUCUGCCAUCAACAAGUUAAGACGGAGAGAACUAACGGCUGCAGAAAGGAGAGGGUGAAGCUUUGAUUAACCAGCUGAGCAGUCAGAGGAGGAUGAAAUUAAUAACUUAUAUUCAAAACUGAUUUGGGGGAUCAGAGUGGUCAGAGAAAAUGAAAUCAAUGCUUUCGAGAGGAAUCUCCUAAGGAAAAAAACCACUCACCCUGGUGGAUUCAAUUUUACUCAGAAAGCCUAGGACACAGAAAACUGGUCAAAGGCUCCUGCAUGUUAGAGCCUUUUACAGACUCACUGCGUUGAGUCUAACCACGACUGAAUGCAGCCUCCAAUGUGCUCAGAAGAAUGGGCUUACAUUUCAAGUGGCCAUUAGGGGCCCCUAUGCUGGCAGCAAUAUAUGCAAUGAGUAUGGUUUUAAAAAUGCUGCCUGCCCUGGGUAUGGCGUGUCCACCCAAAUGCCGCUGUGAGAAGCUGCUCUUCUACUGCGACUCUCAGGGCUUCCACUCAGUGCCAAACGCCACAGACAAGGGCUCUCUGGGCCUGUCCCUGAGGCACAAUCACAUCACAGAGCUCGAAAGGGAUCAAUUUGCCAGCUUCAGUCAACUUACCUGGCUCCACUUAGACCACAAUCAAAUUUCAACAGUAAAAGAAGACGCUUUUCAAGGACUAUAUAAACUUAAAGAAUUAAUCUUAAGUUCCAACAAAAUAUUUUACUUGCCAAACACAACCUUUACCCAACUGAUUAACCUGCAAAAUUUGGACCUGUCUUUUAAUCAGCUGUCAUCUCUGCACCCAGAACUCUUCUAUGGCCUUCGGAAGCUGCAGACCUUGCAUUUACGGUCCAACUCCCUGCGGACUAUCCCGGUACGCCUGUUCUGGGACUGUCGUAGUCUGGAGUUUCUGGAUUUGAGCACAAACCGUUUGCGAAGUUUGGCUCGCAAUGGAUUUGCGGGAUUAAUCAAACUGAGAGAGCUUCACCUAGAGCACAACCAGCUGACGAAGAUUAAUUUUGCUCAUUUCCUACGGCUAAGCAGUCUGCACUCGCUCUUCUUACAAUGGAACAAAAUCAGCAACUUGACAUGUGGGAUGGAGUGGACUUGGGGCACUUUAGAAAAGCUAGACCUGACUGGAAAUGAAAUCAAAGCCAUCGACCUGACAGUGUUUGAAACGAUGCCUAAUCUUAAAAUACUCCUCAUGGAUAACAACAAGUUAAACAGCCUUGAUUCCAAGAUCUUAAACUCCCUGAGAUCCCUCACAACCGUUGGCCUCUCUGGCAAUCUGUGGGAAUGCAGCCCUCAAAUAUGUGCUUUGGCCUCCUGGCUGGGCAGUUUCCAAGGUCGGUGGGAGCAUUCCAUCCUAUGCCACAGCCCUGACCACACCCAAGGAGAGGAUAUACUAGAUGCAGUCCAUGGAUUUCAGCUCUGCUGGAAUUUAUCAACCACUGUCACUGCCAUGACCACAACUUAUAAAGAUCCAACCACUGAAUACACAAAAAGAAUAAGCUCAUCAAGUUACCAUGUGGGAGACAAAGAAAUCCCAACAACUGCAGGCAUGGCAGUUACUACUGAGGAACACUUUCCCGAACCAGACAAUGCCAUCUUCACUCAGCGGGUAAUUACAGGAACAAUGGCUUUAUUGUUUUCUUUCUUUUUUAUUAUUUUUCUAGUGUUCAUCUCCAGGAAGUGCUGCCCUCCCACUUUGAGAAGAAUUAGGCAGUGCUCAAUGAUUCAGAACCACAGGCAGCUCCGAUCCCAAACACGACUCCACAUGUCAAACAUGUCAGACCAAGGACCAUAUAAUGAAUAUGAACCCACCCAUGAAGGACCCUUCAUCAUCAUUAAUGGUUAUGGACAGUGCAAGUGUCAGCAGCUGCCAUACAAAGAAUGUGAAGUAUAAUAUCUACUCAUCAUCAAAAAUUACAUCAGAUAAGUAAUCUAUUUUACAUAGUAGGGGCUAAAUACAUAGCUAAUUUUUACCAAUGGUGACAUUAAGCCUAAUUUUCCAAACCAAGUGGAGACUUAAGUUUUUGAAGUGUUGAAGUAUUUUUAAUUUUUUUUAAUGAAACCAUAUUUUAAGUGUUAAAUGAAGCAAUGCUCACAUUAAUUUGCACUCUUGUUGGAAAGUCUAAAAAUGCUUACUUCAAAAUAAGACAUUUCAUGUAUGUAAUUAUAUACUAACCGUGUGUAAACAUUUACACUAAGGUCUCCAUAUGCUAUUUUUUUCUACUGAAAACAGUUUGAAAAGAAGCUACUGAGCAGGAAAAGAUAUGGAUCAAUACUUAUUUGAUCAUUGCUCUCCAUCCCAAGUACCACAACUGGCUUGCUGCUUAAAAGGAGACUUAACAAAGUUCUCUUGUAUGAUAAUUUGGUAUUUACUCAAAUCUACAAUUUACUGCCAGUGUGGGAAGUAGAAUUUCAUGUAUGCUGAAGACUGGUAAAUAUUAAACACUCUUCUCCCACAGUUUUUGCCUGGGUUAGUAGAUAUUAUCAAAAUCCACAUCAUGAAAUCUGAACCCUUUAUGUAAUUCUAAUAAGCUGAGUGACUCUAAUAUAUUCAAACAAUGAAUCCAAGUGAUUGUGAAAAGGUCUCACCAUAAUGAAAUCAAUACUAAAUAAUUACACUGACUUCUUAUCAUCCAUCUCUAGUUUGACUCAUAAUAGACACGCUGAUUUUUGUGGCAUUUAGACAAUUACUUUAAACUAGUAUUAAAUUACCAUUUCACUAAUUAGUGUACUAAAUCCUACAUUUACAUUUAUACGUGAAAAAAGAUUUAGAAAUUAUUUUGGAGAGAAAAGAGAUAAACUAAGUCAACUUAACAAUCCUAUGACCUGCUCCCUCUAGUUUGAAAGCACACACAAACACGCACACAUACCCACACACACACACACACACUCUCUCUCCUCCCCCCCCACUCUUUCUCUCUCUACUGUCAUGAUCAAAGAUGCUUUGACAAAGGGGUUUAAACCUCUUUCUUCUGCCUUUUCCUGAUCUUCAAAGCUCAAAAAGCCAAAUUAAAAAUAAUGGCUAGCAACAGGCAUAACAGAUUCUUGUUAGGUAUACUAAACCAUGAAAAAAAUCACUUAGUAAAUAUUAUAUGCUAAAUUUUGACCUUUUAAUAAAGAUGCAUAGUCACACUAUAAGAGCAGUUCCUUCUAAGUAAAGGGAACAACAUAUUACCGAGGCAGACCUUCUCGUGGUAGAACACUCUACAUGCCUGUGCAGCCACACAGUAAUAACUCGAAGGUGGCGCGAAGGUGAGGGGAUGAAAGGAAAAGGCAGCAUUUUGAAAUCUGACUGGCAGAAACAGGUUAGCUGAAGCUAAAAGGCAGCCAAGAGUGAGGCAAACGGGUAACUGUACAUAAUCGGCAUCAAACAGGGCAAGGCCCUGGGGCUUGUAGCUGAAAAGGAGAGUGGGGGAGGUUCUCUAGUAUUAAAAUAACUAUCCCAUAAUUAACAAAUGAUAAUGAUGCUACAUUUUUCACACAGAAAAGAGCCACAAGUAUUUUGUUUCUUCAACUAUGAUUUCUACAGAGAAACUGUGACACAUUUGGGAUUUAGAUGCAAGUUACCAAUUCAUACAGAAUUUUUCCAUUAACAAGCUUCCAUGUAUGUAAUAGCAAAAACCAUGAAACUAGAUUACUGACUUGAUUUUAGAAGACAGAGCAUUUUUACAACUGACAUUUACUGUAUGUGAAAAAAGGCAUAAAUCCUUAGAGAAAACCACUACCAUAAAAAAGUUACUUUUUCCUUAACAUGACCAUUAACAUGAUAUCCUUCAUUCAAGGCAUAUUUUCUUCCCAGAAAUGAAUUGAAAACAUGUUAAGACUACAGUUUAACCCAUGAGAUUUAAUUGUAAUUUUUUCUUCUUUAAUACUAAGAAAGGGGUGUCUGCCUACAUUUGAAAGAAAAUGUGUCUCAGUAAAAAGCAGACAGGAUCAAAAAUUAUGGUAAAAAUGUGCUCUUUACAUUUUUUAAGGGGGGUGGAUUAGUUUGGCACAGUCUCAGCCUGGCCAAGUUGAGCUGAUCUUGAGCGGUGAGCAUUUGAUCUGUUGUUAAACCAAACCCAGGGCCUGCCUGGGCAAGAACAGAAACUGAUUUUACAGCAUAGAGUGCAGCUCACUGCAUCCCUACAGAAGGGAUGGAUCAGAAGCCCCCAUUACAAAUGAGAGCUCCACAAGCUAAAAUUUACCAACCCAUUUAUCAGGGUAACCACGGCUAUUUUUCAGGGUACAGUUUUGUCACAAUACUACUGUGUCCUGCAUACACAAGAUUCCACUAGCCCUGAAGGAUAGCAGAGGGGUAUUUUCCAUCAUUUCAACCACAACCAAAAUUAAUUGAAACUGUGAGUUGAAGGUUGACAAAUACUGGCUGGGAAUCCCCACAUUAAUCCUAAAGAUUACAGUUAGUAAAAUGGACCAUCAAUUGGUAAAAUCCUUAACAUAUAUAGAAAAGUAAAUUGGAAAAGCAAGUCAUUUAGUAAUUUGGGGUAAAAGCAUAGCCAAGACCACCAAGGCAUACUCUCCAGUUGAAAAAUAACUGAUUUUUCUGCCCUCCAUUUUUCUGUUAAUGCUUUCUGAGAAAAGUGAGUAACAGUGCCAAAUAGCAUUUUCCUUUCUCAUGUAAAGUGCAAGCUUCCCUUUACAGUUGCCUAUAGAAGGCAGGAUUCUAUUGAAUUUUGGUCUAUUUGUGUUUCGGUAUCAGCACAGUGUGAAGAUGAGGCUGUUAGCCAUAUGUGCUCUCUUUACCAACUGGCUAGGGUGGAAGAGUAUCACAGCUACACUGCAGAUCCUGGUAACACAACGGUAGGGCUUUUGUUUUUCAGAGUAGUUUUAGCCUCUUCAACACCCCCCCCACCACCCUUUUUUUUUUUCCCAUUUUCAAGAUUAGAGGAAAAUGGCCAUUUAAUCAAGAACCAGAAAAAUAAUUAAAUCUCUCUGGAAAAAGGAAAGCUAAAGAAGGCUAUGAUACUAUAGCCACCUAGAAACCAAGAGCUAGUUUCGAACUAUUUAUAUUCAUUUCUGUAGCCUGCCAGGGAUUUUAAUCACCUUUCUGAAACGCAAGUGGGCUGAUAAAUUUGCAAAUCUACACACAACUGAGAGAAUACCCACUGCCAACAUCAAAUAGCAAAGAUACUAAUUUUUUAAGCCAAAAAUCUGCACUAACACAUGUAAUUUCUUAAUGCGCCUAAGUUAAUUUCUGUACCAACUCAAUGAAUGAAAUUUAUUGAACUUCCCAACUCCACUAAUUAUUAAAAUCCAUCUGCUUAUUCUAAUGCUAGUCACCAAGAGCUAGACUCUAUCUUUCCAAUAAAAAUGAGUCCUAUAUAGCACUAGGUUUGAAUCCUAAAAUUCAAAACAGGCAUGUCGUUUUCUUAAGGCAUACUACCCACACACAGCCGUCAGGAAGAAAAAGCUUCAAAUGCCCUGUUCUUUCUCUAAAGUGUGGGUAUCAAUAUGAAAUUUUUAAAGAAUAUUUUUAGAAGCUAAUUUACAUGAUCAUUUUCCUAACAGAGCAAUAUAGUGACAGACCUGUCUUAAAAGUCUGUUUUGGGACACGCUUUUCAGUGCUUCAACUAGAAAAAGACAAGGAUAAAGGCGAUAAGGCUAUGUAUAGAUAUUUAAAUAUUUCUGUUCCUAACCUAGGGCAAACUCAUAGUACUUGAAUAAUUUAAGGCCAAAACAAAUAGAAAAUGACUAUUUAAGCUUUCAUACUGCUAAUGCAAACAUCUGGAAAUGUCUGCUACUCCUUCAACUAACCUAUUCUUCCUUGGUAAUUU